UUGCUUUGUACACGUUCUUUGAGCAAAAAAUAUGAAAAAACUUAAAUUAAAAUUGCAAAAGGAAAGGGGAGUAUUAUUUGGCAGCGGAAGGUCAGCCACGCAGUUGCAAAUUUUUUUAAAAAUAAAAAAGUGUGAAUUAGAGUUUAAAAAAGAAAGUGCCUUAUUGGAUGGCAGAUUUACUAUUAAUUGGAAAAAAAAAACGAAAAACCAGGAGACCACCGAAAAGUUGCUCAUACCCAUGACUAAUAAUAAGAAAGGGGUUAUCAACUUUAAUGAAGAACUUUCAAUGAAUUCUACUUUACUAAAGUUACCCAAUAAUCAAUUCGAAAAAAAGGAAUACAAGAUUGCUUUGGUCUACGUUAAGAACAACAAGGAUAAAAUGUUUUUAAGGAAAAAAGUCUGCGCUAACGUGGUGGAUUUGAGCCCUCACCUUAAUAUUUUUGCUCAAGAAAAAAAUCUAACUGUCGAACUAGCGCCUAAAGAAAGCAAGUGGGCUAUUCUAAAGUGUUACCUCCAUGCGAGCGUUGUUGCUCAUGUUCUCAAAGACGAUGUUAAGGAGGAAGACGCGCUUAGCUGUUUAAGUGGCCUGAGUAAUCUAAGCACCUCAAAAAGCUUUACAACAAUAAAUGCGCAGAGUUUAGUAACUCCAAAGGAUGUCGAUAAAAAGAAAGAUGAAAACGACUCUAGGAGCGUUGAAGACUUUACUUUUGGUGGCUCUGAAAGACUUCAAAAAAGUUUUUGUCCCGUUACAACUGCGCGAGAGAGGCAAAAAGAGCUAGUUGCCAAUCAAGAAGUUGAAAUAAAGAAAAAAUUGGAAGAAUUUGGGAAACCAAACGAAGUUUAUAAAAGAAAAGAAGAGAUUGGAGAUAACAAACUCGAGGAGGCGAAGAAAGAGAAGGAACGGGCUAUUACUGAGCGAAAAAGCAAAGAAGUCGAAGAAGAACAAGAAAAAAAAGAGAUAGAGAGAAAAGAACUCAAGAGAAAGGAAACAGAAGAAAAGAAACCAAGAGAAUAUCAUAAAAGCGGCGGGAGAGAGCAAGAAAUAAGAAAAUAUGACGAUGGAAGGGAGGCCAUCAGUGAAGGAAGUGAUGUGUUUUUCCAAGCAGCCUCCUCACCAUCUCGCGGGGGGGCCACCGCUAUAACCUCCGCAGAGGGCAAAGAGUUAGAAGAGUUGAAAGCUACCAACGCCAUGCUGAUCAACGACUAUUACAUAACCAGACAUGAGAACAGCAGUUCCGAGCUCCUUAAACUGAAAAGCCAGUUAGCGGCAAAAAAACAGGAGAAUGAUUUGCUAAAGGAAAAGUUGGUUGCUAUAAAAAAACUUCAAGCGAAACUUCAGGGCAACUCGAGGUUUAAAAAGAAGUACACUGAAAAAAUUUCAACUCUAAAAUUUAAAAUUGAGAGAAUAAAGAAAGAAAAUACUGACAUUUUGGCUAAUAUUGAGGCUGCAUGUGGGAAGGAAUGUGCCGCUAAACCUGCACCUUUUUCUUCAACUCUAGGAUCUAAUAAUGAAACCUUGUCCCUGCUAGAAUAUAAUAACUCUGAAGAUUACACCUUGGAAUUAGCAAGAGCCAAGUGUUCUCUAGCGCAGUACAGCUUUGCCCUGGAAGAAGAGGAACUUGCUCUGAUGCACCAACAAAAAAAAUUGUUUUUGUUGCAGACUAAAUACGUGCAGUUGCUUCAAAGAUCUUAAAAUAUUAUUUGAAAAUCUGUGUUGCUAUUAAAAACUUUUUUUAUCUGGAGAUU